UUGUUGAAGGACCCCGAAGCAUCACCUGCCACUGACGCUACGCAAAGUAAUGCUACCAAAACUAUGGAGACGACACAAUCGAACGCUGACAUCCAAGCGACGAAUGCAGGAGUUAGUGAGUCCUUUAGGCGUCACCUGGACGAGAUGGACACCUCAGAGAAAGAAAGAAUGCGUAUGCGCAGGAAAAUAAUGCAAGCGAAGAUGGCUGCUGCUGUAAAGAACCUCAACCUAGGAAGAAACGAGAGCCGAGUCCUCACCAGCGCCCUAGCUUUGGGCCACAAGAUUGACAGUAAAAUGCGUGCUCGUCUCAUGAAGGCCUGCAUGGCAAUGCAGCAGGCUCGCACCGAACAAUGCAAUGUGGCUGCUGUCACAGCUUGCUAUCGCAUACAAACUUCUGCUGUCAUCUCUACUGGUCUUCCUCUUUUCAUUGGACCUUGGUGUUCAUCUUACGUUACCAAGGGUACCGCAUGUCCAACUGGUGAAGCCCUGGAAAAGGCAAAAACGGAAUGCGGAAGUAGUGGUUACAACAUUGGUUUAAAGGACGGCUUCGGGGCACACUUUGCGGUGGCGCAAUCGGGACUCCAACAAUUUGCUGAAAAUUUCCAAAUCGCGGUAGGAUACAAAAAACUCAAGAGUGCAGCAGCACAAAUAAGAGCUAUGCAUCACGACACGGAGGAUGCUAUUGAACAACUGGCUUAUCUAACUUUGGAUGCUACUCGAGCUGUCUUCGCCAUCGUUCUUCUGUUCUCCACCUUACUAAAAUUG